GUGCCGAGAGACAUAAAAGGCCGGGACGGCUGGGCGAUGAAACGCGCUUCUGCUCCGGGAUGGAGGGGCCGGGGCAGCCAGAGCCUGAAGAAGUAGGAAUGACUGAAGUGCAGGAGCCUGUCGAAUCACCAGCAGCAGUGAUUGAGUCACCGGGGGACCAGUCACCUAUAGUUGAAUUGCCGACAUCAGUGGACCAAUCACCUAUAGUCGAAUUGCCAACCUCCGUGGACCAGUUACCUACAGAUGAAUUGCCAGAGUCUGUGGCCAGAUUACUCAUGGCUGAAUUUCCAGAGGCUGAGGCUGAAUCAUCCGUGGCUGAAUUGCCAGCUGUAGCCCAAGUACCUGUGUAUGAAUUGUCACCGUUUGUGGGCAAGCCACCUGUGGCUGAGCCAGCAGAGACUAUAGUCGAAACACCUGUGGCUGAAUCAGCAGCAGUGGUCAAAUCACCAGAAGCUGAAGAGCCUAUGGUGUAUGAAGACCCCUUUGAAGUUUCCCUUAUGUACAUGGAGAAACAUAACAUUCUGCAGAUAUUUCAGGAGAUCACUGAAAACUUGGUGUAUGAGAAGCCCGAUGACCCCUUGCAGUUCAUGUUGCUGCAGGUGCAGUCCAUGAUGAACAAGGAGCUGGAAAUGGAGGAGGAAGAGGAGGAGCUGGGUGGUGACAGCUUCUACACAGCAGAGGACUUUCCUGGUGGCCACCAGUGACCUUGGCAACAUGGUUGUUAGCACAGGGCCUCUGGCUAGCACUGCACUCUCACACUUGUGGAAAUGGUUUUGAACAGGUCUGAUGGUAACUGAGCUUUCUGACUUCUCUUGUUCUGGGUACUGCACUUCCAACUGCUUGUAAAUUAUGCAACAGCAUGUUAUCAUUGAUACACAGACCUCCUAAGAAACACACACACAACAUCCUGAACAUUCCUGCCAAACCAACCACACAGCUUGUACACACAGAGGCUACAUUUCUGUGCACACAGACCCUGCAGCUCUGAUCACACAUAUGCCCAGACAACAGCACAAACCCACAGCAAUGAGACUUAAUGGCUGUAGACCCAACCAGCCCUUGAACACUUACACACGUCUCUACCUUCUCUGUUCUGUUUUUGGGGGGGGUGCGGUCUGUCCCAAGCUGUCAUAUAACAAUCCACUAUAUAACAGUUUGGAACUCCAGUGUCCACACUGGGAGGGAAAUUUCUCUGUCCUUCUCCCUCCCAGAACCCCCUUGCCCCACACUGGAAGGGACGGUUUCCCCCUCAGCUAUCCCUGCUGAGUUCAGAUCACUCUGUCCUUUUGUAUUCUUCUCUCUCUCAUGGCAUAUACAAUUCCUAUACGCACACAACUAGAAGGUGAAGUUAAGGUUGCAGAGACAUGUGUGGCUUCAGAGCAUAUCACCUCUUAAAAAUACUAGUUGAAUGAAAAACAAAAACAGGUGUUAGAAACCCAGGAAAUUUAGAGUUAAAGGGUACUUCUCGAACAAGUAAAUCAAAUUACUGUUAUCUGUCAUUCAAGUUACUUAUACGUAGGAUGACCAUAUUUCCCAAAGGAAAACGAGACACCGUGCAGGGCUGGCCCAAGCACCUCCCACACCAGGGCUGGCUGGAGCCACUCACCCAAGCCUCCCUCUCUUCCUCACAGGGCCUGAGCUGUUCACCUGAGCCCUGCUCUCCCCUACGCCAGAGCCCUGCCUUCCACCCCAGGCUGGCAUUGCCACUCGCACCCCCUCUCCCCCAUGUUCAUCUGCACCCCACUUUUUUGGAAAAAGUGGGCUUUUGUCCCAUUUGCUCUUACCAACUGAUCAAGUUGGCAAGACCAAAUGAGACAAAGGUCCACUUUUUCCAAAAAAGUCAGGACGGCUGGGACAGGGCUUAAAAAAGGGACUGUCCUGGGCAAAAUGGAAUGUAUGGUCACCCUACUUAUAUGGUCCUCAUCACCAUAGUAUCUGAGUGCCUAUCUCCAUCGCUUUAGAAAUGUCUGCCUACACUGCAGGUAUAGAAAAUGUGCACCGUAGAACACUGGCUUUAUAAUUUAUUUCAUGCAUACCUAUCUCCAGUACUUAGUGUGCUGUUUUGGCACCACACUGACCUUUGCUCAUUUUAGGUAAAUGCUUUAAUAUCAUUAUCUAGGUCUUUGAGGUUUGUAUAUAGUCACAUGCUAGCUCUGUAUCUAAUGGCAUUUGAAUAGUUACCUAAUGCCGGUCCUUUCCACUCAAGGAUCUCCAAGCACUCAGAACUAUUAGUUAAUCUGCUGUAUUCCAUUUUAGAGGCACAUGAAUGCCAUCUUUCGUUUCCAAAUAGAGCAUGAUCUUGUAAGGCAAGGAGGGCCAGAUUUUUACAGGCCUUUAGGUGUCUAAAGAUGCUAAUAAGCACCUAGUGGGUUUUUAAAGUGUCCUUAGCAGGUUAGGUACUUAACUCCUAUUGAAUCACUUAGCUGCUUUUGAAAUUCCCAUUAGGUGCCUAUCUGGCCCUGAGUGCCCUCAGCACCUGAGAGAACUGGACCCUUAAUGAAAUGUGAGGAAUGAUUGUUUUCAGGCUGGUGGUAUUUGUCUAACCAAGACUUUUUGUAAAACCCUUUGAUGUGCACUGGGUAUGACCAUUAGGAAAGCUGGAAAGCAGCAGCAUUACUGUAUGAUUAAGACUGAAGCUUUCUAGCUUUUUGUGGCUACCUAUCAAGGGAAACUUCAUUUGAGAUGGAUAAGUUAGUGUGUCUUUCUGAUUCUUUUGUCAUGAUAUUGCUGUGAAACAGAGUUAAGGUGCCUGGCUUAAAAAAUGCAACUCUGAAUUGACUGGGUUUCUAACAUUUAAGUAUUGUGUUUUGUUGUUUGUUUUUUAAUUUCUAACAUUCCUGAAAGGCCAUAUGCAUUCAAACCAUUGAUGAGCCUGCAGCUGUAACUUCACAUUACUGAAGUUUUUUGUGGGGGGAAUUUCCUCAGUUUCUUUUAAAUGGCCCUAAGGUUGGCUGGAGAGGAGCCCUGACCUGUUCCCACAAAUCCUGUGAGUUUUGCAAGAGGGGAGGCUCAAGCUGGAAGUCCUUAGGAGGUCCAGGGGAAAGAAUACCUCGUGGGUCUGCUGACUGCAUCAACUUCUGCUACUAACAUCUCCACCCAUUCUUGGAGGGAAGGCUUCCCGUGGGUACACAUAAAGGGAGCUGAAUUCCUGCAAACUUCUGUAGGUCCACAGGAACAAGGCUCCUCUCCUGCAGGGACCAGGACGUGCAUAGGAAUAUAGCCCCAUUCCUUUCAAUUGCGUGAUGUUUGAAGGACUGGAGCUGGCUGCCUAUGGCUGGCAAGAGAGUUGGGGUGAGGACUGUAGAACUAAGAACAACUUCCUUAUUGUUCAUCAGGAGGUUCACUAGGAGAAAGGACUGGCUGAGAACAGGGCUUUGAUGGGGGUAACUGUUAUCCCAUUCCCCUGAACCUCCUGCAACCACAGAAAUAGGGAGACCUACUUGUGAACCUUCCAGUGGAAAAAUCCCCCCCCCCCUUUGACGAGCCUUCCAAGUUGACCACAUUACACUUUUAGCUCUCUCUUUGCAAGGAAAAGGGCUGAGUACUUACAUUUUAGAAAAAAAUGAAAGCUAAGGUCUCCAGCAAUCACAUGAUGUCUUGUGUUCAGAUUACCAGAGCUGACCUUCCUGGCAGCGUUACAGAGUGAAAUUUAAAUAACUCUUAAAAAUCAAAUUUUAAAAACUAUAUUUUGGACCUGGGUAUCUCCGCUAAGGGAGUCCAGUAAAGUAGAUUUUAUCACUGUCCUUUCUAUCCGAAGAAUUAUGUGAAACCCCCGACAUCUCUAUUUGGGAUGUCAUAAAUCAGAACCCCCUUGUCCCGUUUGCUUCAAAGUUAGCAAAAAAAUUAAAAUCUGUCCUAGCCACAGCUAUAACCAGAUAAUUUUGAGGGUGAUUUUUGAGGCUUUGCAGGGUAGGAGAGAAGGGGGUUCUAUCAAGGGGAAGAGGGAGCAAAUUGGAGUUUAAAAUGGAAACUUAGUUGCAGUCUUGCCUUUGGAAGGGCUGUCCCUGUUCUGUAAUGUUUCACCCUAAGCCAUAGUUCCCUGUUGAUCAGUGGAUACAGAGUGGCACAACUGUCUCUAAUAGCAACUGGCAAACUUCUUGUUGUCUUCAAUGCUCUGAAGGAACUCUCAGUUCACUGUGGGACAUGGUACCAUCCCUCAGACUAUUUCAUAUACAAAUCUGACUAUUCUAUAUGGGUUCUUAAACUGUGCUCAUCACCGUAGUAUCUGAGUGCUUUCCAGUGGUGUAUGCAAUGUGACUAACAGCUGUCACGCAUUGUUAGCACUGUUGCCAACUUUCAUGCCGUAAAUUGGCACUCCGACUUUCACAAUGAGCCAAAAAUCAAGCUAAUCCCAUUUCAGAACUGGGCCAAAACAAGCCAAUCCCUAAGAACCCCAACACUGUAUGUGACUAGAUUCCCCCUGCAUGCUGUCUAGGACUGUGGUGGACCUUCUGUGCACCCCAACUCUCUCCCCCCCUUGCCCAUCCCUUCUUGCCCCUGCUUGCCAGGAGCCAAUCAAAAAAA